GGUCUUUCGACACAUCACUUUUUGUUGCAGCAUAAUUUUUACCAUGCAGUCCUUGAUCAAAAAGAAUUAGCCAUUAUCUCGAAAGGGUAUAUCGAACACAAAUGUCGGUUUUCACAUUUGAGGUAAAAGAAGGCAAUCCUGUGAAUACGGAGACAAUCGCUUCUUUAACAAAAGAACUAGGAGUAGAAGACGAAAAAUUUGAGGAUAGUAAGGAUUAUGCCACUCUCCUUGGUGUUUUUCAUGAUUCUUGUGAAGAGAUCUUGAAAAUGGAAGAUUAUUUGCCGACUGUUGAUUACAAAAGAUUUCCUAGAGAAAACGUCCACUUUCCGUCUGCCGAAAACAAUAAACUCGGUGCUUGGGGCUGGAAGUUCACAGUCAAGGAUUACCAACCAUUGCUUGGAACAAGAAAAUUGUUAGAAGGGGCCAAGGUAUGUGUCAAAGAUUGUGUUGCAGUUGCUGACAUUCCAAUGCUUUUGGGAACAAAUUUCAUAACUGACUAUGUUCCGUCGACUGAUGCUACAGUAGUAACCAGAUUGUUGGAGCAAGGAGCUAUCAUAGAAGGUAAAGCUGUUUGCGAAAACCUCUGCCACUCAGCUACCUCUCACUCUGCAGCUACUGGCGUAGUCCACAACCCUUGGGCGUUGGGCUACUCAACUGGGGGUUCAUCUUCUGGAACUGCAGCGAUUGUUGCACAUGAAAAAGAAUUCAUUGAAAUAGGUAUAGGAGCUGAUCAGGGAGGUUCAGUAAGAAUUCCAUCUGCUUGGUGUGGAUUAUGUGGUAUGAAGCCUACUUUCGGAUUGAUCCCUUUCACAGGAUGUGCUAGCAAUGAAGCAACUAAUGAUACCCUAGGUAUAAUGACCCAAACUGUUUUAUCAAAUGCGAAAGGUCUUCAAUCAGUUGCAGGGACCGAUGGUAUAGAUGAUAGAGGAUUUUGUAUCAAAGGAGACACUUAUUAUGACAAACUGCUUGCUUUGGAAAACCCCAGAAGACUAGACGGUAUUAAGAUCGGACUUCUCCUAGAGGGGUUUGAAAAUCCUGCGGUUGAGGAAAGGGUCAAAGAAUGCUGUUACGAAGCAGUAAAGAAAUUGGAAAAAUUGGGUGCAACAGUAGAGAGUGUCAGCAUUCCACUUCACUCAAAAGGUCCUUUAAUUUGGAGUGGUAUUUCCAAAGUUGGUGGUUAUCUGACAAAAAUGGGAUGUGGUGUUGGCAGGCGUGGUACAUCUUUAAAUGAUUUGAACGAAAAGUUUGUGACAUCCAUGCAUGAGACAGAACGUUGGAGCCAAGCAUACCCUUCUACCAAAAACAUCUACUUCAAUGGGAUGUAUGCCGUUAAAAAGUUUCCUACUUUGUACGGAAAAUGCCAGAAUUUAUCCAGAAAAUUGAAAGAUGAUUAUAACAAAGUUUUUUCUGAAUUUGAUAUUUUGGUAAUGCCAACUGUUCCUUUUAUUGCAAGAUCCCAUUGCAAUUUGAAAAAGGCACUUACGCCGCUGGAUUUGCUAGGCAAGCAGGUUGGUCUAAGCUCAAACACAGCUCCAUUCAAUCAAAGCGGCCACCCAGCAUUUGCAAUGCCGUGUGGAAUGUUACCAAUUCAAGAGGGUCCACUUAACGACAGUGGUGUAAAGCUACCCGUUUCUCUCCAGCUUGUGGGUAGGUGGUACGAAGAGUUGACCGUUUACAAGGUUGCUUUUGCCUUUGAACAAUCUUAUAACUGGAAGAAGUUGUAGUUAUUAUAUUUGGUAUAUUUUUUAUCAUCACGUAA